AUGCAACUAAGUAUAUUAUGAAUUUUAAUUUAGAAUAUCUCACUAAAAUUUUUACUUGUAUGACUAGUUAAAUAAUAAUUCUAAUUUAUUUUGGAUUAAUUGCUUUGCUCUUUAAUAAAUAGUCUUAAGAAUGCUGUUUUAAGAAGAAAUUAAACUCGAGAUUAUCUAGAUAAUUGACUUUUCGAACCAAACCUAUCGAUAGUGGAGAAAAAAUACUGAUAAUUGAAAAAGAAUUUGCAGAAUAAAUUUGA